AUGAGUGAAGAAAGGCAAACACCGAGCGAUACACAUGCACGUGAGGCUAGUGAAACAGCUUUGAGUGUACGUGAGGUGAGUGCACACACUGACCCUGCUCUGUUUGAGGAACAAAUGGCUAAGUUAAGAGCUGAACUAGCCAGAAUGAUUGCUGAGAAUGAAAAGCAUAAGGGUGCACAAUUGGUGAACCCAGAACAGAAAGCUGAGGAAAGGCCAUCCAGUUCUUACAGGGAUGAGCUUAAAGAAGAAAUUCAUGAGAAGCUCAUAGAUACCAAAGCACUCGAGGAAGAGAAAAACUUGUUUCCGUUUCCGAACUUCGGGACAGGAGUCCAGGGCGGCGCUCAGUCCGGCUUUGGUGGCAAUCUCGGUGGUCUGGGGGGGAACAUGGGUGGGGCCACGAGCGGCGGUCUGGGUAUGGGCUCAUCCGGGGGCCUCUUAGGCGGGUCGGGUUCGCUUAGCAGCAGUACAAGCGGGGGUGUUGGCAUGGGCUCAUCUGGUGGGGGUGGGAGCCCCUUUGGGGCCUUUGGUGAUCCUAGCGGCACGGGUGGCUCGGUUGGCGGCGCGGUGAGUGGGAGUCUGGGAAUGGGAUCGAGCUUCGGAGGAGACAGUAGUGGACCGGGUGGAGGGGGAGGUUUCGGGUUCGGGCCUUAUGGUGGGCAGAUGGGGAGUGGAUUUGGUGGACAGAAUGGUCAGCCUUAG